AUGCGGCAGGUUUGCUGCUCAGCGCUGCCGCCGCCGCCACUGGAGAAGGCUCGGUGCAGCAGCUACAGCGACAGCAGCAGCGAGACGAGCAGCAGCAGCGAGAGCGGCAGCAGCAGGAGCAGCAGCAGCAACAGCAGCAUCUCCCGUCCCGCUGCGCCCCCAGAGCCGCGGCCGCCGCAACAACCGCAGCCCCGCAGCCCCGCAUCCCUGAGAGCCGCCGCCCGCUCGCGAGCCGCAGCCGCCGGCGGCAUGAGGCGCGACCCGGCCCCCGGCUUCUCCAUGCUGCUCUUCGGUGUGUCGCUCGCCUGCUACUCGCCCAGCCUCAAGUCGGUGCAGGACCAGGCGUACAAGGCACCGGUGGUGGUGGAGGGCAGGGUACAAGGGCUGGCCCCGGCUGGCGGCUCCAGCUCCAACAGCACCCGCGAGCCGCCCGCCUCGGGUCGGGUGGCGCUGGUGAAGGUGCUGGACAAGUGGCCGCUUCGGAGCGGGGGGCUGCAGCGAGAGCAGGUGAUCAGCGUGGGCUCCUGUGCGCCGCUCGAAAGGAACCAGCGCUACAUCUUUUUCCUGGAGCCCACCGAGCAGCCCUUAGUCUUUAAGACGGCCUUUGCCCCCCUCGAUACCAACGGCAAAAACCUCAAGAAAGAGGUGGGCAAGAUCCUGUGCACUGACUGCGCCACCCGGCCUAAGCUGAAGAAGAUGAAAAGCCAGACGGGACAGGUGGGUGAAAAGCAAUCGCUGAAGUGCGAGGCAGCAGCCGGUAACCCCCAGCCCUCCUACCGCUGGUUCAAGGAUGGCAAGGAGCUCAACCGCAGCCGUGACAUUCGAAUCAAGUACGGAAACGGCAGAAAGAACUCACGACUCCAGUUCAACAAGGUGAAGGUGGAGGACGCUGGGGAGUAUGUCUGCGAGGCCGAGAACAUCCUGGGCAAGGACACAGUGCGGGGCCGGCUCCACGUCAACAGCGUGAGCACCACUCUGUCAUCCUGGUCGGGGCAUGCCCGGAAGUGCAACGAGACAGCUAAGUCCUAUUGUGUCAAUGGAGGCGUCUGCUACUACAUUGAAGGCAUCAACCAGCUCUCCUGCAAAUGUCCAAACGGAUUCUUCGGACAGAGAUGUUUGGAGAAACUGCCUUUGCGAUUGUACAUGCCAGAUCCUAAGCAAAAACACCUUGGAUUUGAAUUAAAGGAAGCUGAGGAGUUGUACCAGAAGCGGGUCUUGACUAUCACUGGCAUCUGCGUGGCUUUGCUGGUCGUGGGCAUCGUCUGCGUGGUAGCCUACUGCAAGACCAAAAAACAACGGAAGCAGAUGCACAACCACGUCCGGCAGAACAUGUGCCCAGCCCACCAGAACCGGAGCUUGGCCAAUGGGCCCAGCCAUCCCCGGCUGGACCCUGAGGAGAUCCAGAUGGCAGACUAUAUGUCCAAGAACGUGCCGGCCACAGACCAUGUCAUCCGGAGGGAAACCGAGACCACCUUCUCUGGGAGCCACUCCUGUUCUCCUUCUCACCACUGCUCCACAGCCACGCCCACCUCCAGCCACAGACACGAGAGCCACACGUGGAGCCUGGAGCGUUCUGAGAGCCUGACCUCUGACUCCCAGUCGGGCAUCAUGCUGUCAUCAGUAGGCACCAGUAAGUGCAACAGCCCAGCAUGUGUGGAGGCCCGGGCGCGACGGGCAGCAGCCUACAGCCUGGAGGAACAGCGCAGGGCAGCUGUGCCAUCCUACCAUGACUCCAUAGACUCCCUGCGUGACUCCCCACACAGCGAGAGGUACGUGUCGGCCCUGACCACGCCCGCGCGCCUCUCUCCCGUGGACUUCCACUACUCGCUGGCCACGCAGGUGCCAACUUUUGAGAUCACGUCCCCCAACUCGGCGCACGCCGUGUCGCUGCCUCCGGCCGCGCCCAUCACCUACCGCCUGGCGGAGCAGCAGCCGCUGCUGCGGCACCCGGCGCCCCCAGGCCCCGGCCCCGGGCCCGGCGCGGAUAUGCAGCGCAGCUACGACAGCUACUACUACCCGGCGGCGGGGCCGGGCCCGCGACGCGGGGCCUGUGCGCUCGGCGGCAGCCUGGGCAGCCUGCCCGCCAGCCCGUUCCGCAUCCCCGAGGACGACGAGUACGAGACCACGCAGGAGUGCGCGCCCCCGCCGCCGCCGCCGCCGCGGCCGCGCGCGCGCGGCGCGUCCCGCAGGACGUCGGCGGGGCCCCGGCGCUGGCGCCGCUCUCGCCUCAACGGGUUGGCGGCGCAGCGCGCACGCGCGGCGCGGGACUCGCUGUCGCUGAGCAGCGGCUCGGGCGGCGGCUCGGCUUCGGCCUCGGACGACGACGCGGACGAUGCGGACGGGGCGCUGGCGGCCGAGAGCACGCCUUUCCUCGGGCUGCGCACGGCCCAAGACGCGCUGCGCUCGGACUCGCCGCCGCUCUGCCCGGCGGCCGACAGCAGGACUUACUACUCCCUGGACAGCCACAGCACGCGGGCCAGCAGCAGACACAGCCGCGGGCCGCCGCCGCGGGGCAAGCAGGACUCGGCGCCCCUCUAG